AUGCAGAACCGUCGACUCGAAACGGGCCUUCAGCUUGGAGUGGCGACGCUUAUUCUCUCCAGCCUGUACUUGACUACCGUUGAGAUUGCAUGCAAUUGGUUGAUAGUGCACCAGCGUCGCAGAGUGCUUGGAGGGCUCUAUCUGGCUGUUGUCCCGAGUUCAAUACUGUUUAUGGGCCGACUCUACGUCUCUCUAGCCGUCGGUCGUAAGACGCAUAACGUGGCGCUCUAUCCAUUCCCGAAUAUCGAUGAAUUGAAGGAGCCCUACGAAUGCACUGACAGCGCUGGUGCCCUGGCGACUUGCCUCAAGUGUAAUGACGCGUGGAAGCCUCCACGCACUCACCACUGCUCAACCUGUGAUGUCUGUCGUCUACAAUUCGAUCACCACUGUCCUUGGGUGGGUGCGGCUUAUGAACUUGUUCAACCUUGCUCAAUCCUCCCCAAAAAGGUUGGCAACUGCGUUACGCUCGAUAGACUCGACAGCUUUCUCGCUCUUCUCCUCAUCGUGCCUUUUACAUACUCGAUCGCAGUCUUUCCCAUACGCACAAUCCUGACCACCUCAAUCAGACGCGGACUUGAUCUUUCUCAGAAAAACACGUGGUCCAGGUCGAUAUGGUGGGAUUGGUAUGGUUCAUGGAUUUUCUUUGGAGGUCCGUUGGGACGCUGGGUUUACGGAGCCGCACUAGGUGUCUAUCUGCUCAAGAAAGAGGAAACUUGCGAUCUACCUCUCGUUGGAUGUCCAAGUUUGCGCGUCCUGACGCUUGCCAUAUUCGGGUUCAUCUUCGCUUUAUUUUGCUCAAUCCUGGCUGCGUGGACUCUACACAACAUCCUUUAUGGAAUAACCACCUUGGAUUCUCUGCGGUCACGUUCCGACUUGACCCAACGCCUAGUCUGUGACCCACGUCAACACAAGGUCGUUUCUCUGCUUCCUCAAGAACGUCCCUAUGACCUGGGAUGGAGGAGGAAUAUAGCCCAAAUUUUCCAUCACAAUAACCCGAGGACUGGUUAUAAGUGGUCAUCCAUCAACCCCAGAGUCCUGGAUAGAAUGCGAACAUCCGAGGUAAUCGAAAGGCGUCGCGAUUGA